AUGUAUGGCUUCCCGCAGAGACAGCUCAACGAAUCAGCCACAUCAGCUGCCAAAUCUGUCAACAUCCAUAGCAGAGUGAUGGUGGAUUAUGACGCGUUCUCUCAGUAUGGAGGGGCGGAUGGAAGGAACGGCGGGCUCAAACCAAGCCUGGGAGGCACCGGAUGCGGUUGUUCAGACUGCCAGGAGAAUGACGGGCUGUUGAAGCGGUAUCGCACAUGGUUUGAUGACCGCAAAUUUGUGAAACCCACGUCAACUUGGGACGAUGAACAGUAUCUCAUAUGCCCACCUCGUGUGCUGGGCUAUAUUCUCCAGCAAAAGCAGUGGGUCCAACUUCAAGUAACACAACUUGAAACUCUGGAGGCAGAGAACCAAGGGACCGCCUGGGAGUCCCGGCUUAAGUUGGCCGACGACAUGGACAACAUGAAGAUCAAGAGGGGCAAGAAAGUCAAAGAAGAAAACACUACGAAGGACCUUCUUUUAGAUCUGGUUCGGUCUCAUGCGUCUACAAAAGCGCGUAAAACUCAUGUGGAGGAAGAAGACGACAAACUUGAGGUCAACGACAUCAUCUCAGGCAAGGGCAAGGGUCUCGUCAUCCUACUGUAUGGCCCCCCUGGUGUCGGUAAAACGUCAACAGCCGAGACAAUCGCCAUCGCCACCCGAAAACCGUUGUUCUCUAUCAGCGUCGCUGAUGUAGGAACAAAGGCCAAGCACGUCGAAGCUAAUCUCCAAAGAGUCUUCGAUCUGGCAACGAAGUGGCAAGCGAUUUUGCUCAUGUUAGUGUUCCUGGUUUGGCUGGCUUGCAAACUUGGCUCAUCAUUUCGUAGUGACGAAGCUGAUGUCUUCCUCGAGAGCCGCGGUCGAGGCAAUGCUAUCCGGUCGACAGACAAGAACGCUUUGGUUUCGGGUGAGUACAAUGCAUCAAAAGAAAUUCAGCAACAGCAAGAUGACUCCGGCCUUAUCGCCGACUUCGAUGUUGCUAUUCCGUCUCGAAUUCAUAUAGCAAUUCGCUAUGAGACCCUUAAGGAGAAGCAGAUGGAGGCUAUCUUCACUGGCUUCCUGGAUGAGCUGGACGACAAGGGUCUGGUGGAUCAAUACGAUGAUAUCAAGGACUGGCUCGAAGAGGUUGUUUACAACGAGGGCUUCGACGGAAGGCAGAUUCGCAACAUUGUGACCACCGCUCUCGGUCUGGCGCGGGCUGAGAGUGGCCGUGGACGGAGCAACAAGCUGAACAAGACACACCUCAAGAGGGCCUUUUCCAAUGUCAGCGCCUUCAAGCGAGACUUUGACACUCAGAUGCAGCGGUACAAGGACAGUCAAGAGAAGAUGAUCAAGUAA